AUGGCGUCCACUACUGCCCUCCCCCGACACCCCGUCCUCAGACGGACGGUGACUUCGACCACGGCCGAAUCCUCCCCCUCCACCGCCGUGGCAUCUCCCAGCGAUUCCCCACGCCAAUCGCCCUCCACCUCGUCCCUCACCUCCAUGUCCUCUCUAGAAGAGACAGAGGAUCAGGGUUACGGCAAGCUUACUGAUACUCUCGGCAACCAGUUCGAGCUCCCGGAUUAUACAGUCAACGAUAUCCGAAAUGCCAUUCCCAAGCACUGCUACGAGCGGUCCGGAUUGACGGGCCUCAUGUAUGUCGCCCGUGAUAUUGUCUAUUUGGGAACCACUUUCGCCAUUUUCAACAAAUUUGUUACCCCUGAAUACAUCCCCUCCACGCCAAUCCGUGCUGCCCUCUGGGCCUUGUAUACCGUCCUGCAGGGCCUCUUUGCAACCGGUAUCUGGGUCCUAGCUCACGAGUGCGGCCACCAGUCUUUCUCCCCCUCGAAGGUCCUCAAUGACACCACUGGCUGGGUCUUGCACUCGGCCCUCCUUGUCCCAUACUUCUCCUGGAAAAUUUCCCAUGGCAAGCACCACAAGGCCACCGGAAACAUGGAACGUGACAUGGUCUUCGUCCCCAAGACCCGUGAGCAGUACUCUUCCCGCAUUGGGAAAUUCGUCCACGAACUCGACGAAUUGACCGAGGAGACGCCUAUUGCAACCGCAUUCCACUCCGUCCUGCAACAGCUUUUCGGCUGGCCCUUGUACCUCUUUGCCAACGUGACCGGCCACGAUAACCAUCACAAGCAACACGAAGGCCGUGGCAAAGGAAAGGCCAACGGCUAUUUCGGAGGCGUCAAUCACUUCAACCCUUCCAGCCCUCUGUACGAAGCCAAGGAUGCUAAGCUUAUUCUGUUGAGCGAUGCCGGUCUCGCCAUCACCAUCACCGCCCUCGUUACUCUUUGCAAGACUUACGGAUUCAACAACAUGCUCGUCUGGUACUUCAUCCCCUAUCUCUGGGUGAACCACUGGCUCGUUGCCAUCACCUACCUCCAACACACCGACCCAACGCUUCCCCAUUACAACGCUGAAAGCUGGAACUACGUCCGUGGCGCCGCCGCAACCAUCGACCGAGAAUUCGGCUUCGUAGGCCGCCAUCUCCUCCACGGUAUCAUCGAAACCCACGUGCUCCACCACUAUGUCAGCACCAUCCCCUUCUACCACGCCGACGAGGCAUCCGAGGCCAUCAAACCCAUCAUGGGCCGCCACUAUCGUUCCGACACCGAGGGCGGCUCUCUUGGAUUCCUCAAGAGCUUAUGGACCAGCGCCCGGUGGUGCCAAUGGGUUGAGCCAUCAGAGGGCGCAGUUGGCGAGGGCAAGGGUGUUUAUUUCUUCCGCAACCGCAACGGCCUCGGUGUCAAGCCCAUGAAACUCCAACCCUCCGUUGGACGUGGCAAGUCCGGCAUGGUAAUUGGAGCCGAUGAGUAA